AAACAGGAAGUUGCAAGAAAACGCAGUCUAGAGUAAUCGAUUAAGUAGUAUCGGAGUCAAAGACUAUAUCAGCGACUCAUAACUACCAAGAGGCUUAAGAGAUGAAAGUGAAGAUCAAGUCCUGGAAUGGAGUGGCUUCCUGGCUGUGGGUUGCCAACGAUGAAAACUGUGGAAUCUGCCGUGUGUCUUUCAAUGGGUGCUGCCCCGACUGUAAGGUGCCGGGAGACGAUUGCCCGCUAGUGUGGGGGCAGUGCUCCCACUGUUUCCACAUGCACUGCAUCCUGAAGUGGCUCAACUCCCAGCAAGUGCAGCAGCAGUGUCCCAUGUGUCGGCAGGAGUGGAAGUUCAAAGAGUGACCGUGUGGUGCCAGGGGUUACUGCAUGGGGCUCUCCUACCAGCAGCCACACUUUCCAGUUUCAAAGGGCUGCUGGAACUAAGCUUGACCCAAAAUACAUUG